CCAGGACCCUACAUUCACUAUAUCUGGUCUCCCACAGUACACAGAACAUGGAAAUGCAAUUAUUUUAGUAAAUAUAAACUGAUAAAUACCUUUUCUCAUCAGCAGUUAGAGAAGUCUUGUGACUUCUAUCAGUGUCCAUGCUGAGCAAACUUUCUGGCGCUAUAUAAAUACUGUAUAAUAAUAAUAAUAGGAGGAGUUUACAAUCUGCUGUAGGAGGAUUGUUGUGCUGAUCACAUGCACUCUCCCAAGACAAAAAUAAAACCUCUCUUGCAAUACACACCAAACUGAGCAU